AUGGGUCAAAAGGAAAGUUCAAAGAUGGAGAACUGUUUCCUUAUCAAGACAUGUAAAGAGCUCAAUAGUGUUUUUUCUAAAUUUGGGUGGGAAAGGGUGGAUAUUAGUGGCAAAACUCAUUGGAGAGCUUGGGAUGAACUUACACGACCUAAAGCUAGUGGUGGGAUGGUCUUCAAGGAUUUUGUUUUAAUGAAUUAUUCUCUGUUGGCUAAAAAAGUGUGGAGGGUUAUUCAUCAUCCAAGUGGCCUUUGGCUAAGAGUAUUGAAGAGAAUUUAUCUUCCAACAAAGGAAUUUGUGGAUGCCAAUAAGGGCUCUAAAGCCUCUUGGUGUUGGCUAAGUAUCAUUGAUGGACGAGACUUCCUAAAGAAGAAUCUUUUGUGGGACAUUAGCAAUGGUGAAUCUCUUCAAAUUUGGGAUGACCAGUGGGAUAGGACGAUAGACAUCCAUCAAGACCGGACCAACGAUGACAAUGGGGAUAGGAUGGCUGACUUCCAACAGGACAAGACCAAUGGCAACGAUAGGGAUGGCACGACCGACUUCCAAAAGGAUUGA